AUGCGUGGGUCACGGUGCUGGGUGGCUGCAUUUCUUCAAUUUCUGCUUGUUUCUAUUCAACUUCCUACAACAUGCUUGGCACACGACAGUGUUCAGCCCGACGUUCAAGUCGUGACGGCAUCAGCGAUAACACCAGGCCAACCGAGCUCGACGACCACAGCACCAGCACAGACACAUACAAUUCAAGUUGGUCUAGCAGAUCACAAGUUCAGACCCGAGGCAACAGUGGCCAAUGUUGGUGAUACUGUAGAAUUUGCCUUUUACCCGCUCAACCACAGCGUUGUUCGCGCCGAAUACGGUUUUCCAUGCAUACCCUACGAGAUGACAGGAGCAUCUAAAAUAGGUUUCUUUUCCAACUUCCAUCCCGUCGACACGGUCUUGUCCUCACCACCCACAUACCGUAUCAUCAUUAAUGAUACCGAUCCCAUCUUCUUCUACUGCUCUGCCCCUGGUAGUUGCAUAAACUAUGGCAUGGUGGGAGCCAUUAAUCCGAAUGCAUCAGCGAGUGUACAAGAGCAGCAACAAAUGGCAAUGGACAGCAAAUACAUGCUCAACCCAGGCGAGCCCUUUCCAGCUGAAGAAACAUCCUGGCCUAGCAACCCAUCGAGCAGCACUCCAAAUCCAACAUCCAGUCCUGUUACAGAAAAUACAACCAACACUAAAAGCCGUCUCUCCACCCGCGCCAUAAUCGCCAUGUCCGUCACCAGCGCCAGCAUCACCAUCCUCGCCGCCCUCCUCUUCUUCUUCUGGGGCCGCACCAAAUCCCUAAAAGACGAGAUAAAACGCAAAGCCGGUCAGGUGGGACAGAAGAGUGAGCUUGGGGGGGAGACUCGGAGGGUUGCUGGUGUUGAGGGAGAAGGAAGAGAGAAGGUGCCGGGGUAUUUUGAUGCGGUAUUUGAGAGGAGGGGAGGGAGGUGA